UAAUGGCAAAGCCGUUGCAAAAGGAAAGAGAUAAUCGGUCGGCGGAGAAAAAAGACCUAACCUUCCAUGCGUAUACGAUAACACCAGAGAGUGCUCACACUUCGAUACUGCUUUUGGAGUCCAUUGAACCGGAGAUACUAUGUCAGACUCUUCGAGCUAUUACAAAGUUUUCCGCUCAAGAUAUUCAGAACCGCUACGUGCUAUUCAAUCUGAACGCGAUCCACUACAUCUUACCACACAUAGAACACCGUGAGCUAAAUAUUCGCAGGUUCGCGCUAAAAGCUCUAGCGCAGCUCUGCCAACUGCCGCGCGGCCCGGAGCAAGUGCUGGUAGACCCGCAGAACUUGAGGAAGAUCGCGUACAUGUUGGUGAAGAUUGAAGAUGUAUUCGUCCUAGAAUUUGCAUCACUAGUUCUGUCAGAGCUGACAAGAGAACCGCUCGGUUGCGAGCAACUGGUUUCGGCCAAUAUCCUGAGCAGCCUUUUCUCGAGGAUGAAGAACAGUCUUGACCCUGAUGUGCAGAAGAAUUGCCUUCAGACCCUCAGCAACCUACUAGACGACCCGGUCUGUGCUUCAGAAGUAACCAAGAACCAGCAAUUCAGUUGGCCUUCAGUCCUAGCACUCAUGCAAAGCAAAUACCUGGCCAUACAACAUGCAGCGCUCAGGACGGUCGACCAGCUGAUAUGUCGGUACAAAGAUGAAGUCGUGCAGAAGACUUUUAGAUCUUCCACGGGGGUGUUGGAUCUGUGUGAUAUUUUAGAGUCGUACGAGUUCCGCGACGUUCACGCGGUGGUGCUCAGCGUUCUCAAAAACUACGUCGAAACCGAAGAGAACGCGUCUCAUCUGUACCAAUCUGGAUGUAUUCUGCGGCUGCUGGCAUACUUGGAGAUGGCGCUGCCGGCGAUGAAGCCCCACUGCUUGGCAGUGCUCACCAAGAUAUCCUUCUCUUCAAACGGCAGAGACGCACUAUACGAGACGGGAACAGACCUGGUCUUCUGCCACCAACUCCUGGGAUCGAACGUGGGUCUGCUUGCCGACGCUGCGAUGGGCGUCGCCAACAUGACCAAGCUGUUGCCUUCUGCAGUGCGGAUGUCCGACACCAACAUUAUCGAGGCCCUUUGUGCGAUACUAAGCGACGAUGCAGCGGUGUGGUUCUACAUCAGGAUGAAUGCGCUGCGGGCUCUGGCUGCCCUCUGUCUGAAGAUCCCGAAGGCGGCGUACAGUCUCGUGGAGCCGAAGACGUUUGCGGCUCUGAGGAAUAUUAACAAAAAGUUUAAAGACAAUCCAAUCGAAGCACAGCGUCUGGCCGUGCAGUGCUACAUAAAUCUCCAGACUUACCACGUGAGCAUGAAGGCCAUGCUCAAUAUCGACUUCGUUCAAGAGAUGCUCAACGUCUUGCAGCGCAUAGACAUCAGUUUGAAGAAGAUGGCAUGCAAUGUGCUAACCGGUCUCAUGGUCGAACCAAUCUCCAAAGACUUGUUCACCCGCUGCAAGGGCGAGGAGGUGGUGUCAACGAAUUUGCACAUCAAGCACGUCGGGUUUAACACGGCGUUGUGCACACUCAUCACAGCCAGCGUGACGGAUGAAGGGGCGGACGUCUAUCUGCAUCUUGGCACUGUGCAUUAUAUGGUCGAAAACCGCUUAGCAAGAUACGUGGUGAGCGCCUGGGAGCCCGCCCUGGAGGCGAUCUUCCGGCACCAUCCGUCAGCUAAGCUGGCCUAUACAGGACGAUUAGAUAUAAAUGACUUUACUCAGGAAGGUUUCUACGUCCAAAAGCGGCUGUCCACUCCGUUCCCCACCAUCCGGCACCUGAUGGACAAACCGCCGCCUCACGAGAACGCCGUGUUCAUCGCCCUGUUCCAACCCCCAGUGUCCGACUCCGGGGUCGCUUCUGGCGUCGAUAUCGGACACCAUCAGUUCCACGGUAAAUCGUCGUCGAUGAUGACUUCCUCCUCGAUGAGAAUGCGGCCGCCACUCCCUGAUGAUAUCAAUUUACGAGGAUACGUGCUGCAGCAACGGCUCUGGUUUGGCGACCCAACAAAAUCUCUGCGAUAUAUCGAGAUAGAAGACGCACAUUAUGAAGUGAGAUAUCGAGACAAAUGCGACGAAGUUUCCACGUCGCUAAAGGAAAGAGCGGAGCUGCUAGCCGAAUUUGUGGUGGAGCAGAUGUGUGGAACAAGCCAAGAGAAGGACUGUUCAAUGCCCACCGUGGCCCUGCACCUAUCCGACUUGAUGAAUGACCUGGAUUCUUGUGUGAUAGGCCUGGGAUGGAUCCGCUGCGGAGGCGCGUUGGAGAGAGCAAUUUUAUACAAGGUGUUGGCUGAUCGCGUCGGGCUGCCGUGUGCGCUACACAGGCGAAGCAGCGCGCAUGCGUGGUGCGAAGUCGCAGUUCCUGAACUGGACCCGGAAAUUGACACGAAGGAAGAGAACUACCCUGCAGGCUUACUCCGCGCUAACUACGUGGUGGAUCUGAUGGUGAAUCCGGGGCGGCUGCUACCGCGAGGGGGGGAGGACGCCAGACGUGUGUGUGGGUGUGACCCUUCGCAGCCGACUUAUACGUCGCGAGCGGCAACGGGAUGCUUCUGCCAGCCGGAGACUCGUUAAAUAGUCUUCGAAACGAAAAUGUUACCCGAAAAACAUCUUGAAACCAUUUUGAGAUCCUUCCCAACCCAGUUAUAAAGCGCGCGCAGCAACGGGAUGCUUAUGUCAGCCGGAGACUCGCUAAAGUCUUCGAAACGAAACUGUUAACGGAAAACGACUUGAAACCAUUUUGAGAUCCUUCGCAACCCAGUUAUAAGGCGCGCGCAGCAACGGGAUGCUUAUGUCAGCCGGAGACUCGCUAAAUAUUCUUCGAAACGAAAAUGUUACCGAAAAAACAUCUUGAAACCAUUUUGAAAUCCUUCGCAACCCAGUUAUAAAGCGUGAGCAGCAACGGUAUGCUUAUAUCAGCCGGAGACUCGCUAAAUAUCCUUCGAAACGAAAAUGUUGCCCAAAAAACAUCUUGAAACCAUUUUGAGUCCUUCGCAACCCAGUUAUAAAGCGCGCGCAGCAACAGGAUGCUUAUGUCAGCCGGAGACUCGUUAAAUAGUCUUCGAAACGAAAAUGUUACCCGAAAAACAUCUUGAAACCAUUUUGAGAUCCUUCGCAACCCAGUUAUAAAGCGCGCGCAGCAUCGGGAUGCUUAUGUUAGCUGGAGACUCGCUAAAUAUUCUUCGAAACGAAAAUGUUACCGAAAAAACAUCUUGAAACCAUUUUGAAAUCCUUCGCAACCCAGUUAUAAAGCGCGCGCAGCAUCGGGAUGCUUAUGUUAGCCGGAGACUCGCUAAAUAUUCUUCGAAACGAAAAUGUUACCCAAAGAACAUCUUGAAACCAUUUUGAGAUCCUUCGCAAUCCAGUAAGCGCGCGCGGUAAUGGGAUGCUUCUAUCAGCUGGAAACUCGCUAAAUAGUCUUCGAAACGAAACUGUUAACGGAAAACGACUUGAAAUCAUUUUGUUUUAAAAACUAAAUAACAGAAUGUCCCAGGAGGACGAAAUCGUACAACCGGGAACAUCCUCAGCUAUUGGGAUGAUCUGAUGACAUAUUGAAUUUUAUAAAAAAUCUAGUAAUAUAGUAAAUCAGCUAAUUAUCACAAUAAAUUGGGGACUAAAAUAUACUUAUGGAAAUUAUAUCCUUAAAACCAACCAGCAGCGGUAUCAUGGUUCCAUUUUUAUCACUUGUGACCUGGAAAAUUUCAAGCAUUUUUAUUUAUUGAUUUAUAAUAAUGGUACAGCUAUCAUGACAGCUACCCAAUGUGAUAGUAAUAGUAUAGUAAAUAAUAAAACACAAAAGAUAAAA